AUGCAUCUCAUUGAAGGUCCUCAGUCCGAAUGCCCACCGCAAUUCGUCGCCCAGCCGACACCUCAAAUCACGGUGGCCGAAGGCGAGUCCAUCACGUUGACUGCCCGUGUUCGUCCAGCCGGUGACACUACGCUCAAGGUGGAAUGGUACAGGAAUGGGAAGCCGUUGGCAGCAGGUGAGUACCAAGUCAUUUCCCACCGAUCUGGGAUUCCGCCAGGCAUAAGACCAAGUUGUAAAUGUUGUCAUCAAACUCAAAAUAGUGAUGUAACAUGUGGAACAGCAUUUUAUACUUUAUUGCUCUUGUCUUUUGUCUAA